AUGGGACCCGGCGGCGGGGUCCCGCGCGCGAGGCGCCGGGCGCCCCCUCGCGCUCUCGCUCCCUCCCGGGCGGCCGGGAGGGCGUGGAAGAGGAGGGUCUCCUCCGUCCGUGCCGGUCGCUGCGGACCGCCGCCCUCGCGCGCCUUCCCGCCCCACCGUGUGCGUGUACCCGAGCCGCCUCCGCCCGUCCACCGAGGCGCUGCCCGCCCCGAGCGGUCUUGCUCUCUUUCCUCCGCCCCACUCCGGUCGCUGGGACCGCCCUCCCGCCGCCGGCGCGCGAAACGGCGGGACCGGGCGGGGCCGGCGCGAGGAGGGCGACGAACUGCGGGGCGGGAGCUCGGCAGCGAAGCGCGCGGCGAUGGCGUCGCGGAGGGCCCGGGCGUCGUCGCGCGAGCCCAGGCGGCGGCCCCAGUCGCGUCCGUCUCGGGCACGCCCGGGUCGGAGAAACCUCGGAUCCCGGGGCGGGCGCGGCCGUGGCAGCGGUUUCUCGGCGCGCCUUCUGGGACGACGCCCCCCGAGGCGCCGCGAGCCCGGCUGGCGGGUGCGGGCACCACCUCGCGCGUGCCGUCCGUCGCUCGCCGCGCCCGCCCGCCCGGCGGGAGCCAGGUACCUAGCGCUCUCCGCGAGCCUCCCGGCCCGCGGAAGGCGGCGGUUCAAAGACUGCGCGGCCUGAGUCGGCCCGCGGGCGCCCACGAGGAGCCCGGGGAGGCGGAAGGAGGACCGCCGAGGAGGAAGGGCGUCCGAGGACGCCCGCCCACCCGGUCGGUCAAUCGUCCCGCGGAUGCGUGGGCGGCGGGACCUGCGCGGCCCUCCUCCCUGGCGGUGGAGGGCCGUGAGCAGCCCGCCGCCGUGCCCUCAGCGGGAGGCGCGGCUGGCGUCGCAGGCACCGGGCGGGUUCGGUCGCGUGGCCCCCUUCCCGUCCUCGGGAAGGGAGCCAGCGGCUCUCCCCGCCCCAACGCCUUCGUCCCUAAGUUCAGACCCGAUGCCCGGGCGCCCGCCGGGAGCUCGUCCGUUCGCGGAGGAGCGCGGCGUCCGGCGGUCGGUCCCGUCGCCCCCGUCGCCCCAUCCACUCUUCCCCACCCCACCCCGGUUUUUACGCGGUCGGUGGCGGGGCGCGAGGACGUUGCGUUGGCGGUCGUCGGGGCCGGGUCGGCCGUGGUGCCGGCUCGGGCGGGUCCCGAGGGAGCGGGCCUGCCCGCGCGGCUGUCUGUGGCGACACGGCUGCCCGCUGGGGUUCCCGGUCCCCUCCCUUCCCCGCCCGGGGUUACGACGGUGCCGGGACCUGCCGGGGCGCGGUCGGUGCGCGAGGCGAGACUCGCGCCAGGAGGAGGAGGCGUCGGAAAGUCAGGGAGAGAAGGAGGAGAGCGGGCGGCACGCGCGCGUGCGGUGGAGAAGCGGGAGGAGGAGGAGGAGGCGAAGGAGAGGGUUUCGCGAGGCGCCCAGGUUGCGAACCCGACCCUCGCCCCACCACCACCCCACCCGCCGCAUCUGCUCCGUCCGCCGCCUCUGCCGGCCGUUUUCUUCCCCUCUCCUGGCCGACGGCGCCCCGCGUGCACUCCUGGCGCCGUCCGCCCCGCUUCCGCUCGCCCGGCGCCCGCGGUGAUGCCUCUCGUUCCUCCGCUGGGCGUUCUUCCCCUCCGAGGCGGUGUUGUUACGAAUCGGGCCUCCUCCGGGGCGGCGCUUUCCCAGCGGCGGCGUGGAGGUGGGGCCGGCGGGCGGCCGCCGCGCCCCAUCUCGCCCGGGGUCCCCCCAUCCGACUGCGACCUCAGAUCAGACGUGGCGACCCGCUGA